AUGCAAGAUGAAGAAAGCUACAUGACACUGAAUAUACAGUCAAAGAAAAGGAAUUCUGCCCAAACAUCUCAAUUUACGUUUAAAGAUUAUUCAGCGAUGUUGUACUGGUAUAAAAUCUUACUGGGAAUAUCUGGAACCAUGAAUGGUAUUCUGGCUUUGACUUUGAUUUCUCUGAUCCUGUUGGUUUCUCAGGGAAUAUUGCUAAAAUGCCAAAAAGGAAGUCAUUCAAAUAUCACCCAGUGUGAGGAUACUGGAGACCUAAAAGUGAAUAAUGGCACAAGAAGAAAUAUAAGUAAUAAGGACCUCUGUAUUUUGAGAUCUACAGACCAGACAGUACUGUGCCCAUCAGAAUGGCUCAAAUAUCAAGGAAAGUGUUAUUGGUUCUCUAAUGAGAUGAAAAGUUGGAGUGACAGUUACGUGUAUUGUUUGGAAAGAAAAUCUCAUCUGCUAAUCAUACAGGACCAACUUGAAAUGGCUUUUAUACAGAAAAACCUAAGGCAAUCAAACUACGUAUGGAUUGGGCUUAACUUUACCUCUUUGAAAAUGACAUGGACUUGGGUGGAUGGUUCUCCAGUAGAUCCAGAGAUAUUCUUCAUAAAGGGACCAGCAAAGGAAAACAGCUGUGCUGCCAUUAAGGCAAGCAAAAUUUACUCUGAAACCUGCGGCAGUGUUUUCAAAUGGAUUUGCCAGUAUUAA